ACUUCGACAAUGUGGAGGCCCUGCAUAGCCUUGCUGAAUCAUCCAAUAUGACAGAGCAACUUGAGCUGAAUGCUGUUGAAAUUGAGACUGCAAGUGACAGUGGCGAUUCAAUACCUUCACUUCAGUCAGUUUCCGACUCUGACAGUGAGUGGGGGGACUUACCAGACAGCCAGUUUGAGGUAUUGUCAUCUUCGCUAGACAGCUGGGAGGUUCUCGACAAUUCACUAGCCAAACCCAUUGAUGACAUUCUAGAAGUGUUAAGUGUGAAUCAGCGAAAUCGCAUUUACGAUUGGAUGAUGAUGCGACUCACUAGACAAGAUCCCUGGUCUUGGAUAGGCAGACCAGUGUCAGAGGAUCAAGUCGCCAAGGACUUGGAAGAGUACUACAGAUAUUUUUGGCCUCGUCUUGGCCUUCUCUGUCCAUCUCGGUACUCUAGUUCACCAGUACGGCAUUCUCAUCUAGGUGAUGUUUAUGCUAAAUGCGCCGAAGAGGUCCUGCGAAAGAAUGGCCCUUAUUGCUAUGGACCAUUGGGUGCUGACUUUGGUAGCAUAGUGGAAGGCGAAUUCUGUGUUUAUCAGAUUAGCGAGACACAGCACAUCAUAAUGAAUGAGCACCUACUAGAAGAUGUUGUCAUGGACUCUGCCUUGCUGCGAGAUCCAGAUUUUGACCUCCCUUAUUGGUAUCGAAACCUACUCAUGCAAGGGAAGCCAUGCCAUUGUCGAUGCCAGUGCUGCCACGAUCGAACAUGCGAGUCCAUGGGUGAUGCUGCGAGUAUUGUUGUAGAGCAAGUCUUGCAGGAUGGGCUUCAUCAUCUGGGCGAUGGAGCACCUUGGGGUGCUACGAAUGGGCAUCGGUUCCUAUAUUUGGGGCCAGACCCUGAGUGCAUUCGUAUACAUGAUACAUACCUCACACUUACAUUUGACAUUCUGCGAUACUACCUCGAGAACCCACACUUCGACUUGUGGAAUGCUUAUGCCUUGAGGGCAUAUCGUGCUCUUAUACUCGCUGAGUGCACACCCUUCAGUCUCGAUGAUUUGGAGGGCGAGCUCUUCUCGUUCUUUUCUGCAGACAAUGGUCAGGCUUCUGUCAGUGCCAGUCUGCAUGCUAUUGAGGCAAAUGCUGUGAAUGUACCUAAUCGUUCAUGGCCAGAAUCACUUCCUGCACUGCAGCGUAAUGCUGCCACACCUCGCAACUUUCGACGGGUCAUUCCCGAGCCCAUUGUAAUAGUUGUUAAUAUAAAUGGGCAUCCAGCAUGCGCAUUGCUGGAUUCCGGUUCACUUUCUGACUUUAUGUCUUCAAAACUCACUCAUCAGUUGGGUGUGAAGACAUUUGAGCUUGAGAAGCCCUUACCUAUGCAUCUAGCAGUUCAGGGUUCUCAUGCAAAGAUAAAUGUUGGAUGUAAAGCCCAUCUGGCAUACCAGUCAGUCGACGAACAAUGAUAUUUUGACAUCAUCAACUUACUGAACUAUGACCUAAUACUGGGGAUGCCUUUUCUAUUCCAGCAUCAGGUCGUAGUGGGCAUGAAUCCAAUCACUGUUGUGAUUGGCAGCCCUACAGCUUUACCCAUCAAAGGGAAGCACAUUCGUGUUAUCGAAUCGCGAGCAGCGGAACUUUUCGAUGAGAUGCUAGAAGAUGCUAGAAAAUUACUUUGUGAAUAUGCAGCUCCGAUAUGUCGCGAAGUGAGUGAUGCACCAUUGCCACCAUUGCAUGCAAUCAAUCAUACCAUUCCUC